CCAGCAGCUGUCCUCAACUCCUCACCUCCUCUCACCCUGCCUCCGUGCCUGCUGCGGGACAACAGCCUUUGAUACAGAGUACCGUUAGACUUCAGCGGGCUGCUGGAGGACGGGCUCUGCGGACACACGGUCCGGUGUCAGCCACGCAGUGAGAUGCCAAGAAAGGCGCCGCUUCACCGACACGGCUCGUCGCGGCUUUUGCACUGAUUUUUUUUCUUCUGAGAAGCAUCUCUGCGGUUCUCCGUGCUGCUCACCAUCAACGUUACCCGACUGGCCAGGUGUGAAAAGUCACUGUCAUGACUGGAGCUGAGAAUGAGGAUGAUAUUCCGUUAGGCGAAAGGAAGACGGUCACAGAUUUCUGCUAUCUCCUGGACAAGUCUAAACAACUCUUCAAUGGGCUGAGAGACCUUCCUCAGUAUGGACACAAACAGUGGCAGUCCUACUUUGGACGGACGUUUGACGUUUACACAAAACUGUGGAAAUUCCAGCAGCAGCACAGGCAGGUUCUGGACAGUCGGUACGGCUUGAAAAGAUGGCAGAUCGGGGAAGUUGCAUCCAAAAUUGGACAGCUUUACUACCACUACUACCUUCGUACCUCAGAAACAAGUUACCUGAAUGAGGCCUUUUCAUUCUACUCAGCCAUCCGUCAGCGGUCCUACUACUUUCAGGUCAACAAAGAGGACAGGCCAGAAUUAGUAGUGAAGAAGCUUCGAUAUUAUGCGCGCUACAUAGUCGUCUGUUUACUGCUCAACAAGAUGGACCUAGUCAAAGUUUUGGUGAAGGAAUUAUCUGAGGAAAUUGAAGAUUACACCCAGCGAUUCAACACAGAGGACCAAUUGGAAUGGAACCUGGUUCUACAGGAAGUGGCAGCUUUUGUAGAGGCAGAUCCUGUGGUAGUACUGAAUGACAACAACUCUGUCGUCGUCACCAGCAAUCGACUGCAGGAGGGGAGCGUUCCUCCCCUGGAACAAGGCAUGGUGGUUGGGCAGCUCGUCCUUGCAGAUGCACUAAUCAUCGGCAACUGUAACAACCAGGUGAAGUUCAGCGAGUUAACCAUUGACAUGUUCCGCAUGCUUCAAGCUUUGGAGAGGGAACCAGUCAACCUGGCCACACAGACCUCCAAACAAGGAACGCUGGAGCCCAAUGAGAAACCAGCCAAAAGAGAAAACCCUCACAAGUAUCUGCUGUACAAACCAACAUUCAGCCAGCUUUUUACUUUCCUGUCAGCCUCUUUUAAGGAAUUGCCUGCAAACAGCGUUCUGCUCGUCUACCUGUCAGCUACUGGAGUCUUCCCUGCUGGACAUUCAGAUUAUGAAGGGCCGUACGAUUUUGGAGGAGUUCUCACAAAUACAAAUCGAGACGUGGUGAACGGAGAGACGGUGCAGAAGAGGAACCAGGCCCAGAAAGAAAUGCACUGCCUUCAUCCAGGAGAUUUGUUCCCUUUCACCCGGAAGCCUCUUUUUGUCAUUGUGGAUUCAUCAAACAGCACAGCCUACAAGAAUUUCACUAAUCUGUUUGGUCAGCCUCUGGUGUGCCUACUAUCACCUACAGUAUAUCCCAAGAGUGUACAAGAUCAGUCUCAGCGUGGGAGUCUCUUCACUCUGUUCCUCUACAGUCCACUCUUAGCGUUCUCCUCUGUGUGCGGUUUAAGCAACGUGCGGCGAGGAUUGUGGGAGAGAGCUCAAGAAUUCCUUCGCAAAGUGUACCGUGACAUCGGCCAGAUGAUAACUCGAUCACGGACCAUAGAUCAAGCCUUUUUGCAAUUCUUUGGUGACGAGUUCCUCCGGCUGCUGCUGAUCCGUUUUGUUUUCUGCUCAGCUGCACUCAGACUGCAUAAACUCUUCCGGGAGGCGCGGAGCUUCCCGGAGUCGUACCCCGAGCUCCCCAAACAGGACACAGUGGAGAGCAGUGUUCUACAGAAGCAUAUAUUAGAGCUGGCCACCAUGCUGGAUGUGCAGAGUCUAUUUUGGGAUGAUUCACUGGAAGCCUACUAACAUCUCCGCACAGGGCAAAAAUGGCAAAAUGUUGUACAUACAGACGCAUAGACUCAACUGCCUCAGCCCUGGCAGUUACAUUUCUUUUUUUUUUUUUCUUCUUUUUUUUUUUUUUACAGGUGAACCGAUUCGCACAUCACAAAAACUCCCACCUGCAUUUAACUGUUACCUGUGCAAAUGUAGUGCAACAUCCAAAAAUGUUCACAUAGAUAAGUCAGACAGAUGAAUAUAGUGUAAAUUCCCCCCCGAUUCUCAGCAGCUUGCAUCGUGAGUAUAAGCAUCACGUAAGUUACAUAACCGUAAACUGACCAAUAAGAGGCUAUGAAUAACUUUUUUCA